GGGGCUGGACCAAUAGCGGUUUGUAAACCCAAGUCACUCUUUCUGGUAAACCGUACACGUGUCGUUGUGCUGCCCAAUGGAAGAGACGAGAGCGUCUACGGCGGCUGCUCCUCAUCUCAAACUUCACAGAGGCGUAAUGUGGCUCCUGAACGGCUGAAACCGGGGAUUGUUUACGCGUUUGGACCACCAUCGACUUCACUCAACCUUUAGGAUGGAAUAAAGUGCAACUAUGGUGGUGAAUUCCGUACAUUGGUUUCGCAAAGGGCUGCGACUUCAUGAUAAUCCUGCUUUGCAGGAAGCCCUCAAUGGCGCGGAUACUGUACGGUGUGUUUAUAUUUUGGACCCGUGGUUUGCAGGCUCGGCCAACGUGGGAGUUAACAGAUGGAGAUUUUUACUGGAAUCGUUAGAAGAUUUGGACACAAGUUUGAGGAAACUGAAUUCAAGGCUUUUUGUGGUGCGAGGACAGCCAACGGAUGUCUUCCCGAGACUCUUCAAGGAGUGGAAUGUCACACGUCUCACAUUUGAAUAUGACUCUGAGCCUUAUGGCAAAGAAAGAGAUGCAGCCAUCAUUAAAAUGGCGCAGGAAUACGGUGUGGAAACCGCGGUACGAAACACUCACACACUCUACAGUCCAGACAGGAUCAUAGAAAUGAACAACCACAGCCCCCCUCUCACUUUCAAGAGAUUUCAAGCCAUUGUGAACAGACUCGAACUUCCUAGGAAACCAUUGCCAACUAUCAGUCAAGAACAGAUGGCCAGGUGUCAGACAAAGAUCUCGGAAAAUCAUGAUGAACGUUAUGGCGUACCCUCUCUCGAGGAGCUGGGUUUUAAGACACAUGGUGACAGCUCACAUGUAUGGAAGGGUGGUGAGACAGAAGCCCUGGAAAGAUUAAAUAAACACUUAGACAGAAAGGCCUUGGUAGCAAAUUUCGAGAGGCCUAGAAUAACCGCUCAAUCACUGUUCGCAAGCCCAACUGGACUUAGUCCAUACCUACGAUUCGGCUGUCUUUCAUGUCGCGUGUUUUACUACAAUCUGUGGGAACUUUAUAUGAAGCUGCGAAGAAGCUCCAGUCCACCCCUCUCGCUCUUCGGCCAGCUGCUGUGGCGAGAAUUUUUCUACACGGCAGGCACCAACAACCCCAACUUUGACCAUAUGGAGGGAAACCCCAUCUGCGUGCAGAUCCCCUGGGAUCACAAUCCUGAGGCCCUGGCUAAAUGGGCAGAAGGUCGGACAGGGUUCCCUUGGAUUGAUGCCAUCAUGACCCAGCUAAGACAGGAAGGCUGGAUCCACCACCUGGCCAGACAUGCCGUAGCCUGUUUCCUCACUCGUGGAGACCUGUGGAUCAGCUGGGAAAGCGGAAUGAAAGUGUUUGAAGAGUUGUUGUUGGAUGCAGACUGGAGCGUGAAUGCGGGCAGCUGGAUGUGGCUAUCUUGCAGUGCAUUUUUCCAACAGUUUUUCCACUGUUACUGUCCUGUGGGCUUCGGCCGCAGGACUGAUCCCAGUGGAGACUACAUAAGGAGGUACAUCCCGAAGUUAAAAGACUAUCCUAACCGCUACAUCUACGAACCAUGGAACGCUCCAGAAUCAGUGCAGAAAGCGGCCAACUGCAUUGUGGGUGUGGACUAUCCUAAACCUAUGAUCAACCAUGCCGAGAGCAGCCGGCUCAACAUCGAACGGAUGAAGCAAGUUUACCAGCAGCUGUCACACUACAGAGGCCUUAGUUUGCUCGCCUCAGUCCCUACAAUCCAGGAAGAGGCGGAGCCUCCCAUGUCGGAUGACUCUCAGGCUAGCAGCAGCACUGCCAGUCAAGCGUCCACUCCCACCUCAUCACCACACCAGCCCACCCCUGCACCAUCAACCCCACCCAACUCGGAGCCCUUCACCCCCAACUCAAGCCCGACAGCAGCUUUCCCCGGGGCCCACACCCAGAGGAAAAGGGGCCGACCCUCUGGGCUCCCAAGCCAACAGAAUUCAAAAGUCAAGCACACCAACCAAGCCAAAGGAGUCGAGCAGACGACUGAUGACAAGCAGUGACCACAGGUACCAGACAGAGUUAAGACUGUUUGCGGUCCCAUAUCCAAAGAAGUCUGCAGAGUCCACCUCGCUGAACCAUCCGAUAGACAGAAACAACAGAAGAAAAGUGUGCAAAUGGCGCCACCUUUUGCAGAAGAACAGAAACAGCAUUAAUAAAAAAUAACAAAAGAUUUAACGCUGCAAUUCCGUCAAUGCGUGUGACAAAUCCAGGCAUGGUUUGUCAAACAUCAAUAAUAAAAAAGCUGCUUUUGUUCCAGUUUUGACCUGCUAAACUAAACAUGACUGUAUGAAAAUACAGAUCUGUUUCAAAUGUGUAGCUCUCCUGACAUUGCGAUCUGACAGAGAUCUAAGGGAUAUUGCUGCCGCCAGUGAAGUUUUAGGAUAACAAGUGUUGCUGAUAGAAGUAUUCUUGGCCAAAUCACAUGCAACUCUGGUUUAUGGAUUGAUAAUGGAAAUGAUGAGGGAACAUUUGAAGAUAUGGCCUACAGUGUUCUGACCACAUGAAUUUGAAAUUAUGAAGUCUGAUGUAGUUGAACUCUACAAUUACAAUUGCUAGCAAGCUACAAGCAACUAGUUCACACAAGCAAUGAAGAAUUUUACUUCUUCGGUUUAUGGUUUAGUAAUUUAUCCCCAUAAAUAUACACUUUGUGUAAGUAACUCUUACACAAGUGCAAACAUUUCAUUGCCACUGGCUGCACUAAAGUUUUCAGAAUUUAACAGUAUCCAAUCCUCAGUUUAUAAUUCAAUAAGCUUGAUUAAUUUACCGAGUGAUUCAUUUUAACAUUUUCUAACAGACGACAAGGAUUGAUUAUACAUUCCACUAAUGUGUGCAUUUGUGAUAAUUUAACAGUUUAAGACGUUCUAUCUAUCAUGUAGAACCGCUUUAUUUAUUUUUUUGUCCCUUUUCUUUCUUUUUUGUAUUGUAUAAAAGAGUUUAUUUUCAUUAAAAGGCUGCGGGAUUGUUAAGCUGUUCUGUUUGUUGGCAGUAAUUUAUUUAAGCCUUUUCACUGCAUGUUUCUGUCAAGCGACAAUGUUUCCGUGAUAUAUUGCAUCUACAAUGUUUCAGUGUAGAUUACAAUAUAUCAAAUAAGUUUCUUGAAGCUA